UGCUCCACGUAAGAGUUCCGCCUCGCGCUUCAUGAUUAAGCCCCGCGGUAGACUUCAAGAUUUGAACUAAUCAAGCGUUCUUCGUAACAUUCCAAGCACCGCUAGCCCGCGACCGAGCUUCUGGUUCGACAACUCAAGGGGGCAAAUCAGUCCCCUUGCGCGGAGAUGCGCGCGUGGGGUCCUGCGUGACCUUAGCAGCUUGUCACCAUCGACCAGUGCGCGGCGAAGCGAUCUUCACAAUGUUUUCCAUACUCCCCGACCUGACGCCGCAUGACUCCCACUCCCUCUGGUACACGUCCUCCCGCAGCCCGAUCCCCCCGGCGUCCUUCGACCCCGCGAACCAGCACGGCAGCCUCCUCGUGGAGGGCGGCGACGGGGCGCAGCGGCACCAGCACCGGCGGCAGCAUGGCGGGGCGUCGCAGGCCGUGCUGGAGCGUACGGUGCUGGCGCGCCUGCGCGCCGACGAGGCGUACCAGGAGCGGCGGCGGCUCAACGUCGGCAACUUUGGCGCGACGUGGCUCAAGCCCCCCGGCAUCGCAAAGUCGCUCUUCCAGCUGCGCGAGGAGCGCCGCGAGCAGGAGGAGCACGCCGAGGCCGUCCGCCGCGAGCAGCUCGCCCAGCAGCUGGCCGAGGCCGAGGAGGGCGCCGCCGCAGCCGCCACGGCUGCCGCCGUGGCGGCGGCUGCUGCAGAGGAGGGGGGUGGUAGCGGCAUGAUCGGUGAGAACGGACAGACGAUGUUGGGCCCCGGCGGGGAGGACGAGAUGAUGGGCGACGGGGACGACGAUGCGCAGCCGGAGGAGCGGGACCUGGACGACGAGAUCCCGGACGCGGACGAGGAGGGCUUCGGCUACGACGGGGCGGAUUCCGACGAGGAGUCCGAUUCGGACCGCACCGAAACGACAGACGACGACGACACCGAGGACGGCAGGGGAGGGAACGGCGGCGGCGGCGGCGGCGGCCCGGCGGCGGAGCUGCGGCAAGUGGUCGCGGCCGAGGAUCGCGUGCUAAACAUGAUGUCGCGCGGCCAAGGCCGGCGGCAGGACGUCGACGACCUGCUGUACGCCGGCGAGGAGGACGAGGUCGACGACGAGGACCGCGCCGAGAUGCUGCAGGAGGACGACCUGGCGCACCACUCCCGCGGCUACGGACACGGGCUGCUGGACGACGACGGCGACGGCCUGGACAUGGACAUGGACGGCGACCUGGACGACGAGAUCCCCGAGGCCGAGAGCGGCAUGUACGAGCACACCGAUACCGAGGCCUCGCUCAUGACUAGUGACGAUGAGCACGAGCAUGCCGAGAGGAGCUACGCCGCCGGUCAGCACCCGGCGUCGGCGCGCUUCAUGGGCGCCAGUAGUGCGCGCGCCUCGCACCGCAGCGGGAACCCCAGACGCAGCAUCGAUAUCAGCAGUAUUCUGUCCCGAGACGGGAGCAGCAUUGCCGGCAGUAGCCCCAACGUGAUGAGGAGACACUGACGAGAUUAUGAGGCACUGAAACGACAACGAAACUUAGCUAUACGAGAGAGAUACACAUCUUCCGUUUUGCGGCCCCUUGUACACGGAGUCAUGGGCAUAAAGAAAACCUAUAGACAGCUUAUUACAGGGAUAAAGGCAAGGCCUCGCAGAGACCAAAAAAAAACAUGAAUAAAACCGGUAAAUAUGUUAAGCAAGGCUCGUUGGUCUGCCAUCAACAAUCCCCAAACGUGAUCAUUUACCCUAUUUCCAAAGUCAACCAAUGGACGUCAUCCCG